AUGUUUCCUCCACAACAAGGCAUCUCCCUCGACCUCGAAGCUCUCUCCGGCAUCUGCGGUUCCAUUUCCAUCGCGUGCUGGGUGGUGGUGUUCUCGCCCCAGAUCAUCGAGAACUUCCGCCGCGGGUCGGCCGAGGGCCUGUCCAUCGUGUUUAUCGUCAUCUGGCUCGCCGGCGAUGUGUUUAACAUCCUGGGGGCCAUCAUGCAGGGCGUGUUGCCCACCAUGGUCAUCCUGGCUGUCUAUUAUACGUUGGCGGAUAUUGUGCUCUUGGGCCAGUGCUUCUAUUACCGUGGAUUUACACUGAGUGACUACGUCAAGAACCGAGACCAACCUGGGCAGCAGGAUGCGCAUGGAGAUGGGGGUGAGACUAGACCCCUGCUUCACAGCAACCCCAUCACCCGCCCGUCGUCGUCGUUGUCGCACCAUGACGAGGACGACAACGACAACAACACACCGCACCCGAUCGCACGACUUCGACGACACUUAUCUGUCGAUGCGUCGCACCUGUCGCCCGUGACUCCGCUCAUCGACCCACCGAAUCCCCUUGAGCUACCUACCGCGGUCAAGAACGCCAAACCGACGAGCGCCUGGCAAGCCGCCCUGUUCAACAUUUUUGCCGUCCUGCUGGUCUGCGCCGCUGGCAUUCUAGGGUGGUGGAUUGGCGAACACAAGUCACGACACCAUCGCCAUAGCCAGCACGAGGAUCAGCAGCCUUGGGAGCCGCUGCAGUUCGACCUGCUCGGACAGAUCUUCGGCUAUCUCUGCGCCGUUCUGUACCUAGGCUCUCGCGUCCCACAGCUCCUACUCAACUACAAACGCAAAAGCACCGAAGGCGUGUCGCUUUUGUUCUUCCUCUUUGCCUGUAUUGGCAACUUAACCUACGACAUGUCCAUCUUUGCCUAUUCCCCCGUUUGUCGGGACCCGGGGCAUUGCCAGCCAGGAGAAGCCAAGACAAUCUAUCUCCGAUAUAUCGCUGUCAAUGCUAGUUGGAUUGCAGGCAGCUUGGGGACGUUGCUUCUGGAUUUGGCUAUCUUUGUGCAGUUCUUCUUGUAUAAAAAGCCCGAGGAGGAUUAUGACGGCGACAAUGUCGCUGUUGCCGUGGAAGACCGUCCACGUUGA